GGGAAGUAACCUUACACCGGUACCGGAAGAUCGUUGUUUCAUAUUGACUAAGCGAUUGUUGUGCUUAUUUUCUUCUGGUGUUUAUGUACAUUAACGGAAAUGCACCUGACAAUAACGACGUUAGACGAUAGACUAAUAAGUAUUGACGUAAGUCCGGAGUUGGAAGUCGAGAAUUUAAAGGCCCAAUGCGAAUUUGAACUGGGUAUCGCUUCGUCCACCAUUGUGCUCACAUGGGAGGGGAGACCGCUUCACGACAACCAGAAGAUGCUCAAGGAAUACGGCAUUAAAGACGGUGACAUGCUUCUGCUUCAGCAGGUUCAACCUUCUCAGGCGCAGUUCCAGCCUCAGCCCUCAGGAAGUGGAGCAUCAGGCAGCUCCAUUCCCCAGCUGGAUUUCAGCACGAUAGCCAUACCAGGCCGACCCCAACCUGUGAGGCCUGAUCUAGAGGACCCUCUCGUCAUUAUGGAGCUCCUGAAGUACAACCCCCACGAGAGGGCACUCCUAAAGGAACGCAAUCCACCAUUGUCCAGUGCCCUAGAGAGUGGCAAUACAGAGCUGUUUGUGGAGGUGUACACCAAGCAGCGCAAUGAGCGACUCAAGAAGGAGGAGGAGAAAAACCGGCUACUGGCCAUGGACCCGUUCUCACCUGAGACACAGAGGAUGAUAGCUGAAGAAAUUAGAUUAAAGAAUGUAGAAAGCAAUAUGGAGACUGCUAUAGAACAUGUGCCAGAAAGUUUUGCUCAGGUUGUGAUGCUGUACAUUGACUGCAGAGUAAACGGCCAUGAAGUGAAGGCAUUUGUAGACUCAGGUGCACAGAUGACAAUAAUGAGUCAGAGCUGUGCAGAGCGGUGCAACAUCAUGAGGCUGGUGGACCGGCGCUGGGCAGGCAUAGCCAAGGGAGUAGGCACGCAGAAAAUCAUCGGCAGAGUGCAUCUAGGAAACAUACAGAUAGAGAAGGAUUUCCUGCCGUCGUCUUUCUCCAUACUGGAGAACCAGCCCAUGGACAUGCUACUAGGACUGGACAUGUUGAAACGACAUAGGUGUAUCAUAGAUCUUCAGACCAAUGUGUUGGUAAUUGGGACCACGGGUACAAAGACCCCAUUCCUGCAUGAGAACCAGCUGCCGCAGUACGCUCGUAUCAACCAGAACGAUGACGAGACUGACCCUGACCUUCAGAAGGCAUUGCAUAGCUCAGGCAAAGAGGCAGCAGUUAAACGUUUACUUGCAGGAAGCACAAGCGCGGGCUCAGCAAAGAGAAGUAACCCAGUCUCACAAGGCACCAGUAGGCAACCAUCAUCAUCAUCACCCAUGGCAGGAGCAGCAGGAGCAGCGACCUCAUCAUCAUCAGCCACACAAUUCUCAUCAGGACCUGGCGGUCCCCCAGCUCCUAGUUUAGGGGAACCUGCUAGCAGAUUUCCAGCUCCUGUGAUAGAAAGACUCGUUGCGCAAGGUUACAAUAGACAGGACGUUGUAGCUGCUUUAACUGAGACUAAUGGGGAUGAACAAAAAGCGUUGAUGGUGUUGUUUGCGAAAGCUUUGAAGUUUCCUUGAUGCUUAUGAAAAUUUAAUGCUUAUAAACUCUCCAUAUGUUGUUCAAGUGUUGUACUUGUCCCAUUUUUUAUAAAUUCCUCAAGGUUGUUUUGGGGUUUUACCUGUUUCUUAAAUUGUCACUCUCGAAAUUCGGUUACUUAUAUAAUUUUUUGUCAACAUUUUUUUUCAACAUUGCAUUAAUUAAGUGUGCAAUUUAGUAUGUAUUGCAUCUCAGUGAAGUGUGUUUGGUUUAUGAAGCUACCAUCCUUUAGACUCAUAACUGGAGUGGAAAAGCAAGACCAGGCAAGUGACAUUUUCCAAUAAUUUGUUCAACUCGAGCAAGUCAUUGUUUAUCACUUGUAAUUUAGAGUUUCAAGCAAAGCUGUUAAAAUAUUUGAAAUUUCAACAAUUUUUCGAAGUUUUUUAAAUGGGCAGCGCAAGGUUAGAAAAAAGCUUCAGCCCUCUGCUUUUCCCUUCAUCAAAUGGCAUUGACACUUAUGCCUUUUAUCACUUGACUAAUGGAAUCUCUUAGGCUUAUUCUACCAUAGCAUCACUUUUAAUUAAGAAGCAGUUGUUAAGUUUCUUUAUGUUAUAUUGUAAGGUUUUGACAUUUUCAUGUGAAGGAUAAUACAUGGCAUUGACAUUGAAUUUUAAAGAAAGGCAAACUUUGGAAAACUUGUGAUUUAAAAUAUGCUGAAGAGAUGCAUUUCUUGGAUUGAUUGUAUUGCUAAGGUGGCAAUUCAUUUCUACCUCGGCAUGAAGUAUGAUUUUAAGCUAUAAAAUGGUGCUACUAUCCAAUAUGGUUGCAUCCAUUAAAAUAGGACUAGUGUUUGUGCUAUUUAUGACAUUUAAAUACGGAGAUUCUCGUUUGCUUAAGUUCCGGUGUUGAAAAAAAAAAAUUCAGUUUAGUUCAAUACUUGAAAUUAAAAUGGAAAAUGUUUAAAAUUGGAAAUUCAUCUUUCAUAACACUCUAAAGUCCAUCCAUCAUGUAAAGGUCACAGUUAGUUUUAACAUAUUGUAAGUCACUGAAUAAAUGUGUCUUACAGGGGUUUCUGGCCAAACAACUAUUAUAUUUUGAAAGGAAAUUAUCACCAUUCUUUUUAUUUGCCUACACAUGUUUCAUAAAUUCAAGCUUUUCAAAAAAUUUGAAAUUUAAAACUAUAAUUUUUCAUUAUAAAAUACAACCAUUCGGAUGUUUAUGUGUGUUGGUAUUAAGUACUAUUGUUUUUGCCUUUAUUGCAUAUAUGUUUUACUAUAUUUCAAAAUCACGUUUGUUCACUGAAUAUGUUGUUUCCCAUUCUAUUAAAAAAUUCUCAUUACUGAUCAUGACUUCCUCGAAAAUUUUGACAGUUUAUGCUGGAAAUUGAACUUAAAUACUUAGUUAAACUGUUAUCAUGUAAUCUGCUAGUGUCAUGUCAAUGUGUUGUUUCUUUACAAGUAUAAAAAACGUGUAUAUUUAAAUAAGUGUAUAUUACAGGGUUUAAAGACAAUAAUUGAAAACUUAAUUUUGUAUCGGGUAAAUAUGAAACUUCUGCAGUUUCAUAACACUUAAACAGUAAGCGGUUGAUUUUGUAGCAGGUAUUAAUUAGUUCAGUAGGAACGUGAUAAGACAUUUUCUAUGCUUGAUACUUAAUAUGUUUAUCAUGCUAUUUGUAAUAAAAACCAGAAUGAGAACAAUAUUUACUAGACACUCUUUAUGCCCACAAAAUGUCAAAACAGAUUGAUAUUCAUCAUUUGUUUUGAGGAAACUCAUGUCUCAGUAUGAGUAGUGUGAAAUAUGUUUAAAUUAAGAUGACUGCAAAUUUAAUUUUACUACUACAUUGUUUUAGGAAAUAUUUUGUCAGCUCGUAUGUCGGGAAGUUGAGAGAGGCUUUCAAAAGACCAAGUUAUAUCCUAGUCUAUUUCAAGAGCAUAAUUGUAAAACAUGAACCUAUUUAGUUUGAAGUGUAAUAUAUGUUUCCCUUUCUUUUGGCAUACAUUUUAACAUUAAUUAUAACCAUUUUUCCAAGUGUUGUGUUAAUUUAUGUAUUUAAAUCGGAUAAUUUAUUCAUGGGUUAUUUAAUGGGUAAUGCAGUUAAGAAACAUUUUUCUAUUUUUGCUAUGAUUCUAGCUUAAAGCUAUGUUUUUGAGACCUUGUUUGGUUUGCAUAAAGAAACAAAUCUGUAUUUAUGACCUUGUUUGGUUUACAGGAUAUUAAAAGACUAAAUAUA